AACCAAACUAAUCUCUCUCUCAAAUCAAUUUUAUUUAUUUUUCUGUUACAUUAUAAACCGUUACCAAAACAAAAACAAAAAACGGACUGGCCGAAAACGGCAGUGCACCCAAAAAAAAUCGCUACGAAUUUCAUUGAGGCCUAAAAACAAACACCUGCUCUGCAUUUCUUUCAAGAUUUAGAAAAAAAAGUUAUUGGUAAUAUCUUUUUCUCUCUUUCUAAGGAAGAACGAGCUCGCUCGCUCUGUUCAUCUCCUCCACCUUCUCAGCCAAAUUUUACCCGCAUGGCAUUUCGCUGGAGGUGUACUAAUACCACCACCUAAUUGCGGCUCAGAUUCCCCGUAGAACAUGAUCUGCUGCGACUUGUAUGUCCGGGAUCAGUGACCCCUGAAUUUGCUUCCGGGAUUUUGUUUUUACUGUUGUCGUAAAACAUUUAGGCGAUGGAUGACCAUGGCGGCAGCAAGUUGACGGGAAUCAAGCAGAUUGUAAGGCUAAAAGAAAUUCUUCAAAAGUGGCAAUCUGUUACAAUUGGCUCAAAGGCUCAGGAAUCCGAAGGAGAAACUAGUAGCCCUCCUGCUGCUGGAAUUUCACCACAAAUCAGUAAAAGGCUAACAGACUUUAAGAAUUGUUGUGAUUCAGAUGAGGAAAGCUGCCACGGCCCUGGAGCGCCACCUGAUGUCCCUAAAGGGUAUCUAGCGGUUUAUGUAGGGCCAGAGCUGCGAAGGUUUAUUAUUCCGACUGACUACCUAAGCCAUUCUCUAUUCAAAGUUUUGCUGGAAAAGGUUGAAGAGGAGUUCGGGUUUGAUCACAGUGGCGGGCUCACUAUCCCAUGCGAGAUUGAGACCUUUAAAUUUCUCCUGAAAUGCAUGGAGCACCAUCCGAAGGAUGAUCAGCAUGAUGGCGGCUCAAGUGGAGAAUUAACUAACCCUUGAAGAACGAUUAUACCGAUCUCUGUAGCAGUCGAGAUUUUAGGGCUGAUUACAGAUGUUAAGCUGGGUCUCUUUGUAUGCAGAGUAGGAAAAAUUUAGUUAGGUUUUGCGCAUUUGUGCACUCAAUUUGGUAUUAAGGUUGAGUUUUAUUAACCUCUGUAUUGUUUUAAUUGGGAUGUGGCCUUCAAUUGAGUAUAAAAAGACGGAUAUGCAUUGUUCAGUGAAAUUCCAUCUACUAAUAUUUGUUAUAUAUUCCAA